AUGACCAUUUUGGUCCCGCUCGUGGACGCCGCCGAGCUGGUCGAGGCCGGCGAGGCCGGUCGCUGCGUGCGCGUGCAGUGGCGUGACGGCUCCGAGUCGCUCUACCCGUUCGUCUGGAUGCGCGACAACUGUCAGUGCUCGGACUGCUUCCUAGACCGGCCAACGUUCGUGCGUGCGCUCGUACUGCGCGACCUCGACGUGGACGCGACGGUGCUUGAGUGCGCACCGUCGGCGGACGGCGAUGAGCUGCACCUGACCUGGGCCGGCGGUCACCAGAGCCGGUACGCCGCCGACUGGCUGCUGGCGCGCUCGUUCCGGCCGGAGGAGCAGCGCCGGCGACUGGAGGAGCACACGCUGGAGCGCUGCCACUGGGACGCUUCACUGGCCGACCACCUGCCGUGCGCAGACUUCCAGCGCGUGCUGGAGAGCGAGCCGACGCGGCUGGAGCUGCUGGUGGCGCUGGAGCGUUAUGGCCUGGUGGUGGUGAAGAACUGCGGCCAGCAGCGCGACCAGGUGCGCCGCCUUGUGGACACGAUCGGCUACCCGCGUACUACCCACUACCAGACCAUCUUCGAGGUGCGCAACAAAGUCGACCCCAUCAACAUCGCCUACACGACAAAGCGGCUCAACAUGCACACGGACCUGCCCUACUACGAGCAUCAGCCGCAAGUGCAGCUGCUGCACGUGCGCCGCCAGCACAGCGGCGGCGGCGGCCGCUCCGAGUUCACCGAUGCCGUGCACGUGGCGCACCAGCUGCGCCGGCUGCAGCCCGAGGCCUUCCGGCUGCUGGCCGACACGCCGGUCGACUGGGCGAACGUGACGCUGUCGCAGGAGACGGGCCGCAGCCACCACAAGCUACACCGCGCGCCCGUGCUGCACGUGAGCCCGGCCGGCCGCGUGAUGGGCGUGCGCUUCAGCCAGGCGCAGCGCGACUCGUUCUUCGGCGUGCCCCUGGAGGCAGUGGAGCGCUGGUAUCGCGCUGUGGCGCUGUUCAAUCGGAUGUUGAAUCUGCCGCAGUUCAAGGUGUCCUUCCUGCCGGAGAGCGGCGACAUGCUGGUGUUCGACAACACGCGGCUGGUACACGGCCGCGAGGACUACCACCAGCCGGAGCAGGCCGGCGAGCGCUGUCCUCGAGGGCGGCUACAUCGGUCUGGAUGACGUCAGGGACCACCGGCGCACCCUCCAGCACCGGUGUGGCGACAACCCAUACGGCCUGUAACCCGGCCGGUGGGUCUGCCUUUCGUCAGGAGGCCGACAAGACGCCUGACAAAUUCCAGCACAGCCGCUGACCUGAAUCGGGCGAUGCGUUUUGUUCAUGUGUGGAGUUGCGCGGGUGCUGUUUUGUCCUUGCCUUCGAAUGUAUGUGCGUUUGUUUAAAAAUUCAGUCCAACCUUUUUUAAUGAAUGUAUAUUUUGGAUCGGCGCCCACGCUAGACAGUUCUUAUUGCGUAGGCCCACACGAUAGUGAAAUUCCUGGCCGACGGCAGAAUUUUGGCGCCGUAAGCUUGACGCGCUUCAUUGCUCAGCCCGGCGCGGCUUCUGUUGCGUGUUCUGUGCAGAUGGCCUCCAGAGCCUGUUACAGCGUGAUGCAAAGCAACGCCAUUGUCUUUCGCAGGGUAAAAACAUUUGUACUAAUGACAAGCAACAGUGUUUCUUUAUUUGCAGCAUAUCUUGAACGCGUUCAGCCGAAUGUUGGAUCCUUGUUUUCUACACAAGUAAUGCCUUCUAAUGCAAGCUAGCCGCUCUGGGCUUAUACUGUAAAGCACGGCCCUAGCACAUACAGCCUAAAUGUACAGCUGAAGAUAAAUGCAGUUGUAAGCACAUGCUCCUUAUUUUACUUGCAUCUCAUUGCACCCCAUCGCAGACUCAUGGUUCAGAAAUGUCUUGCUACACAUAGUUUGGUCAAGCAAAGAUUAGAAACAGAUGGAGAGUUCCCAUAUGUUUGGUACAGUUAGGCAGCACGGCGGAAUAAAGCAAACCCGAAGGAGAAGAGCGGUAUCUUCCCCAAGCGAAUACACUUGAGAAGCGUUUGAAAGCAAAGUGGCACGCAUCAGAACGAAUGUACCAUUGACGUUGUAUAUUUGAAAUCAUGGAUUAUAUCAUAAACCUGGUUGUUUGGGCCUAUGGUUAUGUUAUUCACAACAUAUGCAAGCAUAUACAGCCGAGCUCUAGCCACCAUUGGGUCUUAGUUCACUUUUCAGACUCGUUUAGUAGACGGGCAGCCUAAAGUGUAACAAAUUGAUGGUCCUGCUGAAAUGAUCUAUAAUUCGACGCGCUGUUACCUACCCCAUGUUGCGCAUCCCAUACUAGGGCGGACAUGCAUGCUAUCUAUAUUUUUCAAGACCUUUGUUAGUUCCGACUUGCUUUUGGCACAGAUGUGACAUGUACCUGUUCUCUUUAUCUGUCGUCGAAAGAGGGAACUUUGGGCUGUGUGAAUGGAAGUUCCUUGUACAGGAAAGUCGUCUACUUUCCAACUUGCACUUUUUCUGGAUUUGAUGACUGCGGUUACCAGAUGCAUGUGAACGCAAUGUUAGAUACGCCGGAGCCUUUCAAAACGCGUAACAUGGAUUGGUAAAUUGUGCUUCUCUUAAAGCACAGUUGCAAUACUUUUGCCACUCAUAUUUCCGCAAUAUCAGAUAAAUUAGUCAGUUGGUUAUGGAGU